ACCGGGAUCCCGACGAGUCAAAGGCCCGGUACGACAGAUGGGGCGGCAUCCCGCGCUUUGUCCUGGAGAAGGUGGACUCGGACGCUCAGGCUCUCCUCGAGAAGGCGAUCUCCACCACACCGUUGAAAGUUCUCGUUGAUUCGGUCGGUUCACAAGCGGCCCCCAAUGAAGCGAGCCACAAACUGCUUCAUCUUCGUGUCCGGGGAGACUUUGAAACGACCGUGAUGGUGAUGGCUUCGGUAUACGUUACCCACAGGGUUGCGUAUCAGAUCUGGAAGAACGAGAAGGAGGCGCUAAGAACGUUUCUCAGCUCAUCAGAAGGGGAGGGGUCCGUCGGAGCUCUUAGGGGCAACUUGUGGGAAGGUUUCUGCCACGCUAGACUGAUCGAGGGCGGUCAGUUCAGGAUCAGGGAUCUGUCCGACCCGUUGCUGUCCACCUCGGACAAGAUCUUCCAGCGUCCUGCCGCAGCCCCCUUGGUCUUCGACAAUUGGUAA